UGCGCCCACCCUCUUGAACUCUGCAGUUGGGUCAUGAAUCUUUGAUUCUCGAAUAUACUCCCGCGAGGGCCUGGGAUCAAAUAUAGAAAUGAGUAGCAGGUCAUAGGUGCUCAUCCCACCUGCCCCUCCUGGUUGGAAAUGCUCACUGUAUUUGAAGGUCAGCAGUGCCGAAUUAUUGCCAAGGAAUCAUUUUUUUCACUAUCCCCCAACUAUCAUCAGUAACGCAGUGGGAUCGCAAUUCCUGGACUCUGUAUAGAAGAAGACGAAGAAGCAGAAGAAGAAGCAGAAGAAGAAGAAGAUUACCUAGCACUGGUUUGAUGGUUCCAUUAUUGCGCUAGAACGCUGAGUAGUGGAGGUUGGUGAGGGAAUUUGGAGUAAGGAAGGAAGCGGAGGAGGAGAGGUUGGGAGCCAGGGGAAGGUGGAGAUAUGGGCAGUAAUAUGGGCGAUGAGGAGCAUGUUUCCGUGGACGAGGCUUGCGAGGAAGCGGAGGAAGCUUUGAAGCUCUUCCUCCAAGGCAAAUUCGAUGAAGCGGAAGCAUUCGUCGAGGAGAGAGUCAGAACGAGAGAAAGGGAUCCUGAGGUGGUGCCGAUCUUCACGCACUGCCAUGCAGUCAUCCUGUUUGCAAAGGCUGGCAUUACAGGCACCGAAGAGGACAGGAAGCAAGCCAUGGAGAUGCUGAAAGAGGCGGCCGCGAAGGCGAGGGAGCACAUACCAAAACAAGGCUGGGUUUCCUGGGGUAUGGGCUAUUUUAGUUCUCCCAAGGUUCAAGAAAUCACCGAAGAGGAGCUUUCUUGUCGGAUUAUUGAAGCGGAAUCUACUUACCUAUCAGCCAUCCUUUGCUUCUUUGAGGAGUCAAUGGCCGCUUUUUUUAGGGCAGCCUUGCUGACACGAACUGCUAUUGGAGGUUACAGACACUGCCAUAGCAUCUUAAAAAGUCAGCAAGCUGGGAGCAGGAGUAAGCACAAUGUAGGAGCCGUGAAGCUUGGCUUCGGCGGAUUCAGUUUGGCUAUCUCAUUGUUACCUCCCAGGGUGUUGAGACUUCUCUCUGUGCUGGGUUUCCCUUGUGAUCGUGCCGCUGGCUUAGAUUCCAUUGAUCAAUGUCUCCAAGGCGGUGGUCUUCGAGCUCCUGUAGGUGGCGUACUGCUGCUAUCAUAUCAUGUGAUCCUGCCCUCUUUUUUCUCCAUUCCUCAGGAAAGGGAGGAACAUAUUGCCAGUGCUGAGCGAGUUCUUGACAUUCUACAAACAAAUUUUCCCGACAGUUUUUUUCUCAGCUUUUACAAGGGUCGUCUGGAAAGACUUCAACGGAACCUGACAGGUUCUUAUGAAUCUUUUCAGAAACUCGAGAAGGGACUCAACUUAACAACAGAUUCGAAGUUCUUUAAACUUCGACAUGCAUGGGUUUAUGAAUUAGGACUAAGUCACAUGUUGCAAUUAGAGUGGCAAGCUGCAGAAAAAUUCUGGGAAGAACUGGAACAAGACAGUGUUUGGUCCAAGGCAUUCUUUGCUUACUUACAUGGCGUGUGUCUUGCUAUGAGUGGAGAACCUAAGGCCGCUGCUUUGAGGUUUGGUAAGGUGCAUGGGCUCAUGCGCGGAACAAUUUCUGGGCGAGUGUUGGCUGAGGAACAGUAUGCCCUGAGGAAAGUGAAGGAUCAUGCAUUGGACACAGAGGAGGGAGUAAAAGGUCUUCAGGGACAAAUUUGUGGAGUGGAGUUUCUCUAUUUAUGGAACUCUUUUCCCCAGAUGCCAGCAGCAAAGCUGGAGGGAAUUUUACACAUUGUCGAAGAGGCGGAGACACGAUUGAACGCGCAAAAGUAUGAAGGCUCGGGUGACGAAAAAGGCUCUGAAGACCUCUCGGAGGACGAUGAAGAGGAAACCCCAGAAGAUGAGCAUGCUUUGUGCAAUCUCAUUAAAGGCACGGCUUUACGGGAGCUUGGGAAACUGGAUGAGGCUCGUAUUUCUCUCGAGUUUGUGAGGGAGACAACAUGUUACGUGCAGACAGAACUUUUCUUAAUUCCUAUGGCAGCAUAUGAGCGUGCAUUACUGCUCAUAAUCCAACAUACACAGCGAGCUAGUCAUGAUGCAAGCCGCGCCAGCGACUUUGACCUUUUGCUUGAGGCAAAGAAGGAACUCGCCUUGGCAGAAGGCUUCAAGCAAGACUUCAACUUCCUGUGGCGUCUACUGGGACGAGUCCAUGCCGCCCGUGGAGCCAUUCAGAACCUCAUGGGGGAAGAAAGAAGUACUACUGUUGAAGCAAAUGGUGAAGAGUGGAAGGACUCGGAGGAAAACGUUGAAGGAGCUCCCAGCAGUGACAUUUUCUUCGAUGCGUUGUAGCCCAUAAUGAUUUAAUGAUUUCGAUUUCAUGAGUUGUUAUCUGUUAACCCUUUUAGACUGCCAGGCCAUGACGGCUUCUGGUUGUACACAUCUGGACUCAAUAGCACCAAAUCUAUUUUCUCAUC